AGUCGGUUGUAAUCAGCGGGGUGCCCAAGGACAGCCCCCUCCUGAAGGAAACAGACUGUCUGGAAACGGCGGUAAGGCACACAGACACACACGCGCAAUAAAGCAGACACGUUCAGUGUGCAUGAAUCCCUCUCUGUGUGUGUGUGUGUGUGUGUGUCUGUGUGCAGGUGAGGCUGUUGAGGUCAGUGUGUGUGUGUGCAUAAUCAGGCAAUCGACUCCUUCUCUGUCACACUAUUUCUUUGUCUGUCUGUCUGUCUGUCUGUCCGUCUGUCCGUCCGUCCGUCCGUCUGUCCGUCUGUCUGUCUGUCUGUCUGUCUGUGUGAAGGUUGGCCAAGUGCGACAUGCUGGACUUUUCCAGUGAGCAGCUCAUGGCCCUCAGUCGUCGGCAAACCGAAGACAGGAGGCGCUUCAAAAUUGUGACUGAGGUCAGCAUGAUUGGAUGGGCGAACAAGAAGGAUGCCUGCAACUCUCUGUGUCUCAGGAGUGCAUGCGGCAUUCAUGGAAUCCAAAAAAACAACGCGGUGUCACGAGCCUUGAUUUCACGGUACGGUCUCUUGAAUCGACUCCCCCUACUUAGCAGAGAGAGAGAGGGCGUCUGCAUCCAUGUACACACCACUUGGUCUGUGUGUCUUGCUGGCAUCCUUAUGCAGUGUUUCUGUUCCCAGCUGUGUGGCCCCGAGUACCAGUCACUGUCCCUCUGCACUUCCACCCAGAGGCUUCUCACCAAGAACUACGGCUCCGGUGAUGCCAUGAGAUGCACACCACACGCGAGAAGCUUAUGCAAGUGUACGCACAGACAUACACAUACACACACACACGUACAGACCCCCAUCUAUCCGUCUGGAUGUGUCUGCAGGCAUCAAGGAUGAGCUGAUGAGUGUGUUGAUGGCCGGGUCCCCCCAUGUGCAGGCCGAUGACGUCAGGCUCGUGGAUGGAUUCGACUGUGAAUGAGUGACAUGUAGAUAGCGCAUUGAUGAACGAACAAAUGGAGGGAGGCCGAAUGGUUAUGUGUGUGUGUGGGGGAAGGAGAGAGAUGGGACGGCGCGCAAGUGAGAGAGAGGUCUCUUCGGUUGUUCUGUGACGCAUCGUGUUUUAGUCUGCUGUCAGUGAGCUGCUCCAUGGUCACCCGACACAGUGAGUGUUGACCAUCCUUCUCUGUGCAGUGGCCGCUGAGAGACAGACCGACACACAGCAUGACUGAAUGGGACAGUGCGACUCAUUGGGGUGCACAAUGAGGAGAGAUGCAUGAAGAGAUUUGUUGACUUCACACUGGCAAGUACAGUCCCGUCCACGGACAGGGCGCCACGAUGGACAACUGGCAAAAGAAGUGGCACCAGUGUGUAUGUGUUUGUGUGCGGUGGCAACUUGACAACCUGAUCAAUCGACUGACU